AUGCUGACCACUUUACUGCUAUUACCACUGAUGUUGCUCGGUGCAACGAAGGCAUUUCGAACGCAAAGCGCUGGUGUCCGAGGAAUUCUGCUCUGUGGCGAUAAGCCUCUUGCAAAUACUAAAGUGAAGCUUUGGGAUGAAGACAGCGGUUAG